GUUUUAUUUUUUCUUCUUGUAAAUUUGCUUUUUCUGUAAUAAUUUCCUUUUUUUUCUCAAAUAAAAAAAAAGUAUUUCUUAAAUAGUGCAAUAGUUUUAUGAAAAUUUCAAUUUCAAUGAAAUUUUCUUUGGUUCCAUUUAAAAGAAUAAAAAAUUAAUUUUCAACAUUCCAUAAAAAUAAAAAAAUUCAAUUCAUCAAAAUCAAUAAAACAAUUACCAAUAAUGUUUGCAACAAUGUACUAGGCCAGCCCUCAAAAUGUCUGUCCCUGUACGCUACUCUGCUGCCGAUCUCGUCAUUGAUACUGAUAUUCAAAUGAACGAAGAUAUCGUGCAGCACCACCAGAUGAUGAUAGCAUCAACAUCAUCAGCAAUGGGAUCACAAACAUCAAAUAAUAGUACAUCAAUAAAUUUACAUAAUAAUGAUGACACUAUUAUUACAAAUGAUGUUUCACAAAUGAUGAUUAAUCAACACCAACAUCAGCAGCAACAGCAACAAAUGCAACAUAAAAAUCAGCAACAACAACAAGAUAAUAAUAAAAAAUCAUCAUUAAAAAAUCCAACAAUGUUGAUGCAAUCACCAAAAAAAUAUAAUAAAUAUAUUAAAAUAAAUGGUGGUAGCAGUAAUGCUGAGGUGCGAGAUCAGUGGAUGAUAAUGCCUGAUGAGGAGGGCCGGCUUGGAACACCGGAUGCUGCUGCUGGUAGCAGUAGUGGUAUUCAAAAUAAAAUAAAUAAAAUGCCGUCGCCACCUUCGUCGUCGCAUUCAAUUAACAUUAAUAAUAACAUCAACAACAACAACAAUAAUAUUAAUAACCCAAUUAAUAUAUUUAAUAAUGAAAAUGCAAAUAUUAUUGUACAACAGCAGCAGCAACAGCAACAAGAACUUGGUGAACAUCAAAUUCAAAAUGAAGAACAAUUUGAUCAAGGAAAACAACAACAACUACAACAGCAACAAUCAUCUUCACCUACACCUUCGACAUCGUUUAAUAAUGAAAAUUUUGAUAAUUCAAAUGAUGAACAAUUUGUAUCAUCUGAAGAUCUCAUUAAUAAAUUAAAAGAAUAUGAUGCAUUACAAGAUAAAUAUCAUACAAUAUUGAUUUUGCCUAAAGAAUCAAGGCGGGAGGUUACCGCUGGUGGUCGUGAUGGAUCUGCUUACGUCUUACGCUGUCUAAAAAUGUGGUAUGAAUUACCAUCAGAUGUUUUAUUCACUGCGAUUAGUUUGGUUGAUCGCUUUCUCGACAGAAUGACAGUAAAACCUAAACAUAUGGCUUGUAUGAGUGUUGCAUCAUUUUAUUUGGCAAUUAAACAGUUGGGUCUAAAUCAAAUACCACCUGAAGAUUUAGUUACUAUUUCUCAGUGUGGUUGUACAGCUGGUGAUUUAGAACGAAUGGCUGGGGUUAUUGCUAAUAAAUUGGGUGUCCAAAUGGGACAACCACCAAUAACUUCAUUAAAUUUCUUACGCAUUUUUUACAAUCUAUUCCGUAAUAUGGCAGAAGAAUUGGGGUAUGAAUUCUUUGAAUUUUAUAAGAAAUUCAUUAAAUUAGAAGAGCUUGAAAUGCGUCUUGAAGUUUUAUUAUGUGACGUUCAAACAACAAUUGUAACACCAGCUACUCUUGCACUUGUAUUAAUUUGUUUACAUUUGGAUCAUCAUAUCACCGAAUCAUAUCCAAGAAAAGGAAGCCCAGAAAUGAAACAUCUUUAUGAAUAUAUUGUAUUCAUGCAAAAAUUUUUACGUAUCCCAGAACGUGUAUUUAUGAAUGGUUUUGGUGUUGUUUCCGAUAUUCUUAAAAAUUAUAAUGGACAAAAUAAACAACCAUACAAACAGCGUUUAGUAUGGAAAUUAUCAAGUCGUACAUUACGUGUUUUACGCCCCACUAAUCGUUUUUGUUCAGAUUUGCCAACUAUUGAAGAAGGAAUUUCAAAUCAGCAAACAAUUGAUGAAAUGGAUGGAUGUAGAUCAAGAACUGAAAGUUUAAGUUCAGAAGAGGAAGAAGAUUGGCCAACUUCACCAAUCAUACCAAUUUUUGAACAGUGUUAAAUAACAGUGAAAAUUUUUUAAAGAGUUUUCAAAUUUUUUUAAAAUUAACUACAGUUAAAAUUCCAUCUAUUUUAUCAAAGAAAAAAGAAGAAAAAAACCAAUAUAAUAAGAGUUUUGGGGGGAAAAAACCAAACAAAUAAUUUUUAAAAAUUAGCAACAAACCAUUACAUAAAUCUUUAUGAAUAAAAUAUUAUUUUGGAAAAAUAAUAUUACAUCUCUAAAUUUUCUGAAAAGAAAUCAACAAAUUUUCUCUGGGCACACAUAUUGGAGAAUAAAUAAAAAAUAUUUAUAUCAUUGAUUAAACAACUCAAAAAGAAGAUAAAACAAAGAAGAAGAGGAAAUAUUGCGAUUAUAAUUAUUAUUAAUAAUAAUUUUUCGAUCACAAUACGUAAAAACAUUUACCAAAAAAAAAAAAAGAUUUUUUAAAGGAUUGAAAAGGGAAAUCAUUGGCUUAUAUAAAGAUCGAAAAAAAUAAUAAAAUUAAAACAGAGUCAAAUUAUCAAACAAGGCGUAUUCAAUAUUUAUAAAGUAAUAUAAAGAAUCAAACAAUAUAUUAGAAUA